AUGUCCUUGAAUUAUAUAAAUCUCACCGUCACUAUAGUGGACAGCCACAUUCCUUUUAAUACACAUGAAAAAAAAUAUUCUGAUAACGUUAUUCCUGGUCACUCUACACAUCCGCAAGCCCCAAAGAACGGCCGUGGUUCAUUCAAGUCUACGUCGUGGCAUGGCUAUCCUCCUUAUCCGGAGGCGCUAGAAACUGAAUUAGUUACUCUGGAAACUAUCGGUGAUGCAGUAGAUGACGAACCAAUGGCAGUUAUAUCUGUUCCUUACAUAGGUAAAAUAAGUUGCAAAUUAGGACUUUUACUUAAAACCUAUGUAUUUGGAGUAGCCUUCUCCACUAAGAAUAAUUUGAAAAAGAACCUAAUCCACUCUUUACAAGUUGCAGGUGAUAAACUUUCGCAGUCUGGGGUUUACAAAAUUACUUGCCGUGACUGGCCGAAAUAUUAUAUCGGUCAAACAGUUCGAGCGCUAGCUACUAGAUAUAAGGAUCACAUUAUCACCAGAAGUGGUAGGGCUACGCGAAGUUCCACCUUCGCUAAACAUCUCGUACAAAUGUCUCACUCGCCUAAUCCCCUCGGCCGGAAACGAGUUGCUUCAGUCUGCACUUAG